GAACCGUCCCUCAUAUCAUUCUGUGUAACGUGUGCGCUGUUUUUAUUGGUGACUGUGUUUGAAUAACAAACCAUAUGCCUGUUGGAAUGUACCCAAACGUUUACAGCUAGACGUCAUGUCAAAUUCUGAAUGUCACGAGCUCGAUGGAAACUAGUGCCGUUGGUUUCGUUUACGGCUGAAGUUUAAUUUGGCGCCAGCGCCGUCUGUGAAUUACAUAAAGACAACUCGAGCACCCUUUGAAGACAUUUUGAAGACAGUUUCACCCCAUUUUCCGCUAAAAAUAUUAUAAAUGCCCCUGCUCAGAAUAGUUCUACGAUACGUACAAUCUACAUCUAUUUUAGUGCCUAUGUACAACAAAAUUGCGAACAAAGGCCCGCAGUGUCGGCCUCAUAAAAUACAGGCAUCCUUCUAAAACUGCUUGAGCAACUUCCGGAACAUUGAUCUUAGAGUGCUAAAGAAACCGAUGCUGACUUGAUUCUAUGUGAUUCUUGUACCAGCGUAGCGUAAAUUUAUGAACCAACGCCUAGAUUCCGUCGCUUCCCUAUGAUGUUUUUGUGUCAUCGACGAAAACUUCUGGGUCUAACUGGAUUCAGCUUGGCGUGUACGUUGUUGCUCUGCAAACUUUAUUUGAACAACAUGAAGGUUAGGCCCGUUCCAUCGAGUUCUGAGGGGUCGAGUAGUUUGGAGUUGGAAUCCAGGAGAAAAAUUCCAAACGUGACCCGAUUAAACGAAGUCUUCGUGAACGCGACCUCAGUACAAAUAGAAGGAAAUGUGGCUUCAAAUCUGAGCACUGACUCUGAUGAGAAUCUUCAGGUCUACGGCCUACAGAACAAGUUUGAUGUAACUCCUGUAAAUUACAAGGAUGCCAUCUUUGUUACGAUUUCAGGUGGCAGAGCGGGUCGAUUGGGCAACCGAAUGUUCCAGUACGCAGCUCUGAUUGGUCUUACUAAGGAAGCUUCAAAAACGCAACCAGGAAUAUUUCCGGUAGUGGAAGAGGACAGUCAUCUAAACACACUGUAUGGCGCUUUUCAUUUAGGAGGAGCGAAAAGUGGUCCGAUUAAAUUAAAACACCCAGUCAUGCUUUUGGAAGACAAGCCUAUGACUUAUUGCUCGAGACUUUUAAAAGAGUUCCUACCGGGUUUUAAUUACACAAUUAUGACCUAUUUACAGUCUUGGCGAUAUUUCGCGAAUUUUUCUCGAACAAUUCGGAACGAAUUUAAAUUCAAGGAUUCCAUUUUGGAGGAAGCGAAGGCUUUCCUCCGAAAGGCUGUAAACGGCUCCACUGAAAAUGUGACACUGAUAGGAGUACAUGUACGGAGAGGGGACAUGACUCUGUCUACGUCUCGAAAACGAGGUUACACGCCUGCCAACGCCACUUAUCUCCACAGGGCUUUUAAAUACUACCGUUCAAAAUAUUCGAACGUCUUAUUCAUCGUCUGCUCCGACGAUUUCGGAUGGUCGCAAACACAUAUUAAAGGAAAAGAUGUUAGGUUUUCAGUAAAGCUUAACCCGGAAGUGGACCUCGCUAUUUUGUCGUUGUGUAAUCACACCAUAAUCACUUCCGGGUCAUUUGGCUGGUGGGGGGCAUGGCUUGCUGGCGGUGACGUCGUGUAUUACCGCAAUUUCCCGGCACCAGGGUCAUGGCUUGACUCCACUUGUGUAAGGCCAGACUAUUUUCCCAAAUCAUGGAUUGGAUUAGCGUGAAAUUUUGCUGAAUAAACUGUCGGUGGGAUUUUUUUUUUCAUUUAUUA